GUAUUUUGCGUCAUCAUGCCUCACUGUGCGUCCAGACGCGUCGCGCACGUCACGGCGCGUCAUCUGAGCGACGCACCACGUGACCGCACGGAUAUAUCGAGCGCCGACUUUCUAAAGAGUUUUUUCACUUGCAACGGAGACGAUCGGAAAAUGGCGCUCAAGAGAAGCAGGGCUCAUCAGCAGAGCAGGGCACAACGAAAAGCAGCCAGGGACAAGAUGCAGGUUCUGCAGGUUGAGGUCAAGGAGGAGGAGGCUGUACAUUGGGACUAUGAUUAUGCUGAGGAUAGUGAUGUCUCAUUUGAGAUCAAGAGGAAGAGGCAAAUGGUAACCGAGCCCUAUGAAUUCAGCAGGGAACAAGAGGGGGAACUGGUAGAUUGGUAUCGGGACAACCCUGAGCUGUAUGACAAAAACCACAGGCAGUUUAGGAAUACAAAGCGAAGGUUCAUGAUGCUUGAGGACAAGGCAAAGGAGUUCCCUGGCUGCACGUGCGACCAACUGUGCCAAUUCUAUAAGGGCCAGAGGACAAUGUACGGCAGGCUGACACGCAGUUUGCACAAGUCUGGCUCGGGCCGUAGAUUUGUGACCGAGAGGCAGCAGUGGAUAGUGGAAAAAUGGGGGUUUAUAAAUGACCAUAUCGUUCGAGUGGAGCCGAACCAGAGCACCAGGAAGGAGAGACCACAGCGUGCCAUCUCCAGUGAGGGUGAGCUUGAUCCGCAUGAGCGACCUUCUGGAUCCACCACCCCGACCAGCCAGGAGUACAGCACGAGGAAGCCGACCAUUGUCAUCCCCACUGCAGGCUGCAGCAUAACUGCAGCUAGUCAGCGGAUGAUCAAAGAAAUCGUGCAACAGGCAAAGGCAACAACAGACACCAUGAUCACUAUGACACAGCCAAAGACAUCACACGAGAGGAUAGUUGAAACCUUCUCAGCGUUCUUAACACAAGAGAUGCUCCUCAUUCCUGAAAGCGAGUGGGUUAGCUUCUCCAUGGAGGCCUUUGCCUUGGCAAGGGCCCACAGAUUCCCUCAGCCGCAUUGAUGGGACCACAGCACACGGCGUACCCACCGAUGGCAAGCGCACCCAACAUCAGGGCACCAGCUCAACGCCACAUCGGGCAGCAAUGACUUCCACAGACAAUACCAGGCAGCUUCCAAGAAGAGCCUAUCAGGGAAGCCCAGCUGGACCCCAGGAAUACACCCAUCACCAUGACACCAACAUUUCCAGCCAGAUUAGAGAGUCAGGACUGAAGUGUGAACCUGAGUCUGAAUCUCACUGGUCAUUUGGCUGCUGAUAGCCGGGGGCAAAGUUCCCAUAAAGAAUGAACAGUACAAAAGUACAUAAAUGUACAUUAUUACGAUAUCUGAAAUUAUGUUCUUCCUAAUGUGGAAAAACAAAUCUUUUGAAAUUAUUUUUUAAGAAAUAAAUUGUUUAUUGCUCUUUAUAUUUAUUGUAAAUAAGUUCAUUUCCAAUGUAAUUAUUAUACUUCAGUGUAAACCUUUUUGUGUUGUGGAAAAAAAAGCUGUUUGUUCGACUAUCAAUAAAAUUCUGGACA